GUUGAUUUCGCGAAAAGGAGUUCACACUAAAUAGAGAAUCUCCCGUAGGUACACACACUCAGAGAACAUCAGCGCAGAGUUAAGGAUUAUAUUGCCUAAUGUUGGAUUGUUGCCAUUGAUGCGCUAACUAAUCAACAUUACAAGUUAUACAAUAAAUUAUACUCUGAAAGAACUAAGUGAUUCUCGAGGAAGGGGGUCAGUCUGUGUGAAUCUAGGAGCGGACCCGACGUUUUCCCAGAGAAGAUAACGAUGUCUGGCUCUUAUUGCAAAAGUUUAUACUCCUUCAGCGGGGACCAACAUCCGCAGGGUUUGACUUUCGAAGUGGGAGAAAUCAUAAGGAUAGUUCAUCCGUUGCCUGGCGGCUGGUGGGAAGGAGAGCUGGAUGGAGUCAGGGGAUGGUUCCCAUCAAGUUAUGUACAAGUCUUAGAGAAAACUGCGUCUAUGACCUCACUGCCGGUUGAGGACGUAGGAGAGCCUCUCCCUCAACACUGGAAGUGCUACAUGUCACCACAGGGGCGGCGCUACUAUGUCAACACCUCCAGCAACGAGACAACAUGGGAGAGACCUUCCAGGGUACCUGGGACCCCCAACACUCCUCUGAAACACACCUCACUACCUACAGUGAAUGGGUUUCGCUCCAGUGGUCCGUUGCAUCAGAAUGAACAUUCCCAUAUCAGUCUGGUCAAAAAGCCUAGUUUAGAACCACAGAGUCCAUGUCCUACAUCACCCACCAGGUGGCAGAGUAAAGAAACUACCAUCACAAUUAACUGUGUAACGUUCCCCCUCCCUAUGAGUACACCUGAACAGCAGCUGUUGAAGCCAGAUGAGUGGAGCUACUGCGAUUACUUCUGGACGGAUAAGAAGGACCCUCAGGGGACAAGCUGUAUCUCAGGGUUUGAGGUCUUACUGCAGAAACAGCUGAAGGGGAAGCAAAUGCAGAAAGAGAUGGCCGAGUUUAUACGAGAAAGGAUAAAGAUUGAGGAGGAAUAUGCCAAGAACCUCGCCAAGCUGUCGCAGAUUCCCCUCGCGGGACAGGAAGAAGGUACUCUUGGGGAAGCCUGGGCUCAGCUAAAGAAGAGUCUGGCUGACGAGGCCGAGGUUCACCUCAAGUUCUCCUCUAAGCUCCAGAGCGAGGUGGAGAAGCCUCUGUUGACGUUCAGAGAGAACUUUAAGAAGGACAUGAAGAGGUUCAAUCAUCACAUCGCAGAACUACGGAAACAGCUGGUUGGACGACACUCAGCCGUGGAGAAGGCCCGUAAGGCUCUAGCGGACAGACAGAAGGACUUGGACGUGAAGACCCAGCAGCUGGAGAUCAAACUAAGCAACAAGAUGGAAGAAGACAUCAAGAAGGCUCAGCGGAAAUCCACACAAGCAGGAGACGACCUGAUGCGCUGUGUGGACCUUUACAACCAGUCGCAGUCCAAAUGGUUUGAGGAGAUGGUGACCACAAGCCUGGAGCUGGAGAGGCUGGAGGUAGAGAGGGUGGAGAUGAUACAACAGCAUCUGUGUCAGUACACCACCUUACGGCAUGAGACUGACAUGUUUAACCAGAGUACGAUGGAGCCAGUGGACCAGCUGCUACAGAGUGUGGACCCAGCUAGAGACAGAGAGCUCUGGGUCCAGGAGCAGAAGACAGGAGACAUCAGGCCUGUGGACAUUGAGAUAUAACACACCUCGUUCCCAGGGGUCACACACAUGUGGAUCCACAAGCCUGGAUCUUUACGGGGGCUUCAAUGUCAACUUUGAGAUAUUAUAGACAUCCUGGGAAAUCUGGAUGACUCGCUCCACAGCUCCACAGACAAAAAGUCUGCUCUUUAGCGAGCGAGCACCACCACCAGACAGUGUUCAUUAUGAUCUAGAGGAUUCUAUAUGGUAGACAGACAGUGUUCAUUAUGACCUAGAGGAUUCUAUAUGGUAGACAGACAGUGUUCAUUAUGACCUAGAGGAUUCUAUAUGGCAGACAGACAGUGUUCAUUAUGACCUAGAGGAUUCUAUAUGGUAGACACAGUGUUCAUUAUGACCUAGAGGAUUCUAUAUGAUAGACACAGUGUUCAUUAUGACCUAGAGGAUUCUAUAUGGCAGACAGACAGUGUUCAUUAUGACCUAGAGGAUUCUAUAUGAUAGACAGUGUUCAUUAUGACCUAGAGGAUUCUAUAUGGUAGACACAGUGUUCAUUAUGACCUAGAGGAUUCUAUAUGGCAGACAGACAGUGUUCAUUAUGACCUAGAGGAUUCUAUAUGGAUGAGGGUGUGAUGAUAUGUAUGCUGACCGGCUUGCAUUUCUUUUAUAUAUUGAUUCAUCAUUAACUGUUCUAUAUGCUGUGUUAAUGGAAUGUCUAAUUCAACCGUUCUUAAGUACACUGCCUUUUCUGUUCCCAAAACUAGAAUAUAUUAUGAACAGAGUGGACAAAGUUUUGUAGACUUUAAUCUUUUCAAAAGUUUGAAAAAAAAUAGCGCUGUUUAGAAGGAGUGCAAAGGCAAAUUGAGUUAUUGCACAAGCUCACUUCACAGAGUAGACGUUCCGUAACGGAUAUAUGCAGAUAUAUUCUAGAAUGUGCUAGUAGGAUAUUGCUAGGGCGUGCAUGGCUCUGCUCACCUCCUUCCUUGUUCUUCCCAUUGUGACUAAUUUGUUCCCAUUGGAAACGACAAGCUGUGGUCUAUCUUGGUUUAGUCAUGAAAAUCUUUGUUAGAAUUGUCUGUAUAAACACACUCAGUAAAUUGUUGACCAACUGAAAUACUAACACAGAGGUUAAUUAGGAAAUUUAACAGCUACUGCUGCUGCUAUGUAAUAGAACGUACAUCAAAUGUAUAGAUUAUAUUUGAUCUACAUGUGAACUAUGAAGUGAGGUUUUUAAGGUGAAUGUUGAUGUAAGAAGUAUCAGCUGAUGUAAGAAGGGCUUUAUAAAUACAUUUGAUUUGAUUCUGGGUUGUUUUCGACAGAUGUGAAGUUUUGAAGAAAGAUUGCCCUCAGAACAGAUGUGUUACAUUUGUGUCAAAGUGGGGUGCAACUCAAUGUUAGCAAGGUGUUCCUAAUGUUUUGUACACUCAGUGUGUUUGUCUAUACUGUAUAAUACAUACACAGUGCACAGGAGUGCGGGUACAGUUGAAAUGAAUAAUGGACUUCUAGUAUAGCGUUGUCUUGUAUCUAUCCGGUAAGUAUUACACAUAUAAACCUACAGUUCUACUGUCCAAUCAGAUGCAUACAUGUUGUAUAGAGUGUUCCAUUACUUUCUGGUUCUACAACCUUGAAAGUUCCAUUCUACAUGGACAUAACUCCUGAAUGUUUGUCGUUAAUAUUAUAAAUAAAUAGAUAUACAUUUUAUUUUACAA